AUGUGCAACGACACGGAAGGCAACCUGUUGACAGACAAGACUGCGGUGGCGGCUAGGUGGAAGGAGCACUUCCAGCAGCUGUUGAACGGUGAGGCACGAGAGGGAAUCGUCGAGGACAGGAUACACGUUGAGGAAGAUGGAAAAGCUGUGGACCCGCCUACGUUGGAGGAAGUAGCUAAGGCUGUUAAAGAGCUCAAGAACGGGAAAUCCGCGGGAAAGGACGGACUUCCGGCCGAACUUUUCAAGCACGGGGGUACGCGGAUGACCGAGAUUCUGCACCAAAUCAUCCUACGCAUUUGGUGCGAAGAACAGCUUCCGACCGACUGGUUAGACGGGCUCGUCACCCCAAUCUACAAGAAAGGGCAAAGACUCGAUUGUGCCAACUAUCGAGGCAUCACAAUCCUCAACGCAACGUACAAAGUACUCUCCCGCAUCCUGUGGAGCAAGCUGAGACCGAUGACCGAGACCUUUGUCGGCGAAUACCAGUGCGGUUUUCGAGCGGGUCGGUCAACGACGGAUCAGAUGUUCACUCUGCGACAAAUCCUCGACAAGUUCCGGGAGUACAACCUGCAAACACACCAUUUGUUCAUCGACUUCAAGGCGGCGUACGAUUCGGUCAAAAGAAACGAACUUUGGAAGAUUAUGGUAGAACACGGCUUUCCGGCGAAGCUUAUAAGACUGAUUCGUGCAACGCUCGACGGAGCAAAAUCAAGCGUGCGAAUAGCCAACGAGACAUCUGAAGCUUUCGUUACGUUGGAUGGAUUGAAGCAGGGCGAUGCUCUCUCGAACUUACUGUUCAUCAUAGCGUUGGAGGGUGCUGCGCGAAGGGCAGGCGUGCAAAGAAACGGAACACUCAUCACUAAAUCGCACAUGCUGCUUGGAUACGCUGACGACAUCGACAUCAUUGGUAUCGACCGUCGUUCAGUGGAGGAGGCGUUCGCCCCUUUCAAGCGGGAAGCUGCGAAGAUCGGACUGACCAUCAACACUGCCAAGACCAAGUAUCUGGUCGCUGGCAGAGCGCGUGGCAGUGCAGACGCCGCAUGA